GGAAAAGUUAUUCUACGUAUUAUUGAAUUAUUGAUCGGGAAUAAUAUAAAGUGUUAUUCCCAUUACAUAAGGGUUUGUCUCUUAGAUAGUGGCUAAUUUGUCUGCUUGCAGUACUAGUAUUCUAGGCAGGUUCAAUGCACCCAAAUGCAUUAUUGGAUAAGAAUGGCAAGUGUCAAAAUAAUUGACCUGGUCCUCCACGGCAAAGCUACACGUUCAUAUAAUCCACCACUUUACAUGCCUACUUGUUCCAAAUUGAGCUUGGAACCAUCUCAAAUUUCCUGCAAUUCUAUGAACUCAUCAAGAAUUUCCCUUCGUCCUUUCAAACUCUCUGAUGCCAAUGACUUCCUCAAAUGGGCAAGUGAUGAUAAAGUAACACGCUAUCUAAGAUGGAACACCAUAACCUCUAGGGAAGAAGCCUUGACAUAUAUUGACAAGCUUGCUACACAUCCAUGGCGUCAGUCCAUAUGUUUGGAUGACCAAUCAAUUGGAUAUGUUUCUGUCAAACCUGAACAGGGUGAUGACACGUGUAGAGCACAUGUUAGCUAUGUUGUGUCUGCAGAGUACUGGGGGCAAGGGAUUGCAACAGUGGCAUUGAGCAUGGCCAUGUGUAGGGUGUUCAGAGAGCUCCCAUGUUUGGUGAGGAUUGAGGCUUUGGUGGAGGUUGAGAAUAAGGGGUCUCAAAGGGUUUUGGAGAAAGUUGGGUUUCUGAAAGAAGGGUUGUUGAGGAAGUAUGGGUAUUGCAAAGGUGAGAUUAGAGAUAUGUUUAUCUAUAGCUUCUUAUCAACUGAUAAAAUUAUGUGAUUCAUCUGUUCAAAAGUUUGUUUUUACCAUGAAGUUUUUUUUUUCUUUUUUUUUAAGAACAAUCAUAAAGGUUAAUAUGCUCGACAAGAAAUAGUAAAUGAAAUGUUAUCGUAAUUUAUCUAUAUAUAGAGAGCAAAAGGCAGAGAAUAGUGAAA